UUUUUUGACAGACGGUCAGUGUUUGGUACCGCUCCUGGUAUAAAGCACAGACUCACAUUUUCGCUAUAGCACAGGUGACGCGAGACCACCGGAGUAACGAGAAGCUGCAGCAACCGCUUCCUAGGGUAGUUACACGUUCUGCCGCACAGCACUAGGCGGCGGCAAACGUUUCCUGUGAUCAUUCAAAACAGCGCUUCGCUUGAAUGUUGUUGGUAGUUAGAUGUUUCCGUCGACGGCAAAUAGUUUAGUGAGCUGUAAAUAUCGCCUGCGCCUUUUAUCAUUGAUAUGCCAGCAUGAACAAAAAUUAUCUCAUCGUCACUUCGAUCCUGGAAGGAAGACAUUUCCCAACCAGGCACGGCUGUGACAUUGUGAUAGAAGCCAGCUUCGACGGCGAAGUGCUGACCACAGAUCCUGUGCCACACUCCUGUCAUCCUAACUUCAACACGGAGUUGGCAUGGGGCGUAGAUCGCCGAGGUCUUCAUGUGCACAGGCUUCACAGGACACCUGUCAAACUGCAGUGUUUUGUAGUUGAGCGCUCAUCAAGAAAGAAGGAUCGCGUAGGGUACGUUGUGCUCGAGAUACGCGGAAUUCCGGAGAGUGUAAGGAAUGCAAAAUGGCAUCAGUUGCUGAACAACAAAUACCACGGAACCAAGCCAGAGGUUCAUGUAGGGCUGCAUCUGGAGGAGGACACUGUUCCAGAUGCACCUGCCCUAGCUUCUGCAGACCCUGCUCGGGCCGAUCUGAGGCUGCAGCGUGUGGUUGCGCAGCAGCCAGCUGACCAAGCAGCAGGAACUGACCUCGGGGACUUGACGCCCCGCCUCAAUCUGAAAGAUGGCUGCUACGAGAUUGGCAAACACCCCAAGGCUCUGUAUGUCUUCACAGUCACCAUUGCAUUUGCUGCAAACCUCAAUCAUCUUCAAGAAUGCUCAGGAAACAAGCUGUCAGCUGGCCAAGGUGGUCCAUACCACUUCAUUUAUCACUUGCUUGGGCAUGAAGUAGCUACAGAAGCAUUUCCCAGCUUGGCAAGCCCAGAAUUUCCAGCGGAGCGAGCAUCACUGCACAUUCGUAGCAGUGAUCCUGUACUUCGCAGAUUUUUCGCUGCUCAUCCGACCCUUCAGGUACUGCUUUCAUCCGCCGAUUCUGUGAUUGGGGAGACGGAAAUCCCUCUCGGCGACUUCUCAGCCAGCUCUCCAAAGUUCUUCGUCUCUGUGCAAGGCUUGUUUCAGCUAUCUCCUGUUCCGCACAAUGAAGCUCUGAUGAGUAGAAUUGCACCUGAGUACAGGCCAAUUGUUGGUGUCCAUGUUGAGAUUUCAGAAAAAGAGGCAAUAGGAGGCACUGAAAAUGAAACAGAUGGCAGGCAGGAAGAGCCACUGCCCGAGAAUCGUCCUGCACCGUCGCCACCACCACCACCCCCGCCCACAGCCACAAGGCGGGGUGAGAGCCCACAUCCUGCUCCGCGGUCACGCAGUCGAGACGCACGGCCCCGAACACCAACGCAACUUUUGCCUGAGAAAAGCCCCGCACGUCAGCCACGUAGACAUCUGGAGUUCUCGCCCCCACAAAAACUUGGACGUGCUGAAAAUCAGCGGUCUGCCACUGAUGCUGCCUCCAGCCAGGCUAGUGACCUAAGGCCAGCGCAAAGCAGCUCUGGUUUGCGUGCACCUGAAGAUGCCGGGAGGCAGCAGAGUGAAGUGAUUGAUCUGACUGAUGACAGAGACGAGGAGCAGUUUCACCAUUUCUCUCUGAUGCUGGAUAUAAGAAGCUUGGACGUCUUAUCAACCCGUGGCAAGGCAAUGCAGUGUUAUGUGAGAUAUCACUAUCCAUUCUUGGGUACCAGCAAUGCUUUUCAAUCGCAAAAAUGGACCACGGUGGUGCCCAAUCUGAUAGCAACUGUGGUUGGUGGCUUCAGCACAUACAACUUUGCUGCAACACACAAGAUGGUCACGAUGGCGUUUCAAGAGCUUCCACUUAUGGUGGAGAUCCUCAGCCAAGUCGAGCAUGGUGAUAAGCUCUUUGGCACAGCUGAGGUUUCUCUGGCAAGUGUCCUGAGAUGCCCUGCUUCUACUCUCAUCAAGGAAAAUGGGGCGACAGGACAAAGAAAGAUGCAGACAAGCAAGGUUUCUAUUAUGGAUAUCAGGGGGAAAGUGAUUGGGGAGCUUCAAGCAGUCGUGUGCCUUGAUGACCUUGGCAUUACAUCUCUUCCAUCCAGAGAGCCGCCUGGCAGCCUAGGUGAUGCAGCUAGUAGACCUCCUCCAGCACAGGCCGCAGCAGAGUCACGAGAGCGAGAAAUCUUUAAAGUAAUGACAGAGCUGGAGCUGUGGAAGGAGCAGCAAGAGAUUAUGUUCAGAACACGGUUAAAAGAAAAAGAGGAGGCCCAUCUCCGUGCACUUUCAGAAGAGUGGAGGCGGCAAGAUUUUGAGCGAGACUCCGUUCUAAGGCGAAAGAUAAAAGAAAACAAGGAACUGGAGGAGAAGCUCAAGUUUCGUUUGAAAGAGGUUGAGUCACGUGAAGAAGCCCACUGCUCGGAGAGAACGGCUGUAACGGCCAUCUUCAAGCCGGACUUCAUCAACAACCUGUUUGGCUUUGCGUGUUCUGUGUGCGACAGACUGUGGCACAAGAAGGACUUGGGCUGCGUCAUAGCCCCCUAUUUCGAACAGCAAAAGUCAGACUUCCAGUUCCUGAAGACGCGCCUUCAGAAAGAAGCCAAAGAAACACUGAGGCGCUCACUAGAGGAGUAUGAGCACAUGCUGAACAUUGAGAAAAAAAAAGUUCUUGAUCUGGAAGCCGAGAAGCACAAGUUGAAGAGACAGGUUUCCGAACUGGAGGCCAAGCUCCAGGAGCGUGAAAAACUGUUGGAAGAAUUAAAGACCAGCCAGAGAGAUGCUUUCUCGCAGGAGCUCAAAGUCCAGAUGGACUACGAAAAGGCGCUUGCCGAGAAGGUGGCGCUAUUAAAAGAGCUGCAUGAGGCAUUGCGCCAGAAAGAACAAUACAAAGAAAAGUGCGAUCACACUGAAAGCCAGCUUGCAGCUUGCAAGGAACGUUUGAGGCAGACACAGCAUCAAGACCGACAAGAUCGGCAUGAUGAAGUGGAGAGGCUUUAUCAACAGGCCAAAGCGCGUUUUGAAAGUGAUCCUGCAGCCAUGGCGACCUCUACGGGUCCGUUUUCAAACAGCCCAUCAGACGAGGGGGCAUCGUUUGUGACGCCAGAGAAGACGUCGCCGACGCAUUGCGCACCCACUGUGGAAGCCAUGCGAGAGAAACUGGGAGGAUUGCAGCUCACAGCGCCAUCUCUGCCAGCGCAAAGGCAGGACCCCAGCUCACCCAUCGUGUUGGAACAGUCACCACCCGGUGCGUCUGCCUCCAGUUCCUCGUGGAUGGAGCACAUGCGGAGGCUGAUUGAGGAGCGAGACACCCUGCUCAGCUCGGGGGUUUAUAGCAAGGAGGACGCCAUUAUUGUCGAGUUGAAUAGACACAUUGCUGACACUGUCAGAAAGCAUGUGUGAGCUGCUGAAGGUCAGCAGAAAAUGCAAAUAGGAUUGUGCACAUGUUCAUCAGCUGUUUAUUCCAUGAGAAAGAAAAUAGGAUAAAAAGACUUAUGUGUGCAUAUAUGACUCAUUUACCAGCACAAACAAAUGUGUUUUAUUUGAAAGUGCAUAAUAUUCUUGCGCAUAAAUUUCUAUUAUUUCAAGCAGUACAUCUUGCUUUGCUUUGAAGAUAGGCAGACAAAGCUUUAUAUUGCUCAGGGCAAGGUGUUUGUUAACAUGUAGCUGUCAAAGAGACUGUGGGAUUGACUAUGAACUGACUGUAAUAAUAAUUGUUGUUGAAUCAUGUUUCUCACAGGUUACCCGUUGAACUGUCACACUCUGGUUUAUAAGUAUCUGCUGUCAUACCCUUUAGCCAGGUGGAGAUAUUAAAUUGUGUUUGUGAGUUAAGUCUGUUAAAAAGGUGUAUUCAGUUGAUGAUGAUGAUGACAACAUCGAAAAGGCUUGCAUUUUGAUUCCACAUGUUAUUGUGGCAUGUUUUAGUCAGUGCUGAAAGUGUGUUCCAAUGCUAUCCAAAAAAUGUUACCGUGCAUUAUAUAUGUGGCCAUGAUUGUCUUAGCCGAAUAUUACUGCAUAAUAUUAGCAUGAAAUACACAAAUUACUGUAAAAUCUGUAUUUCUUUUUUGUUACUUCUAUAACAUCAGGACAGCUCAUGUAUCAGCUCAACAGGUUUCCUGAGGACCUCAAAAUUGCAUAGUGUUUGCAUUAUUAGGAAAAGGUGGCAAGCAUCAACAUACAAAUGAUUUCAUUGUGUGUUUCUUCUUUUCUUUAGUGUGUGCGAGUUUCAAAAUAAAUGCAGAUGUAUGGUUCAUGGGUUUCACAUUGAGCCUAGAGAAGUAAUGUUUCACUGAGAAAGUCAUGACCACAUCUGCUUCGAUGCAUGCAGUAAUAAUGUAAUGCUCUCAAAAAUCAUUUCAGGCUCACACGAUUGCAACCCCAUUGACACAUUUCAAAAAUGCUUGGAUGGCUAGUUGAAUAGCACUGGUUACGAAGAAAAAAUUUUGGUGAAUGUUUACACAUUUCUGCAGAUUAAAUUGUAUAAACAGGUUGGUUUACCUUUUGUAUGUUUCCCUCUCUCUCUCUUUUUUCCAAGUGUGAGUUGAACAUACGUACAUGUGUGAACAGCAUUAGAAGUAAUGCUCCCAUAUGGCUAAAUCUUAAUUUAACAUGUGUCUAAGCAGCAUGAGUAGACUGUUAGCAUGCAAUCUCGCUACUUGGUCAAGAUCAUGAAUUUGUUUGUUACAAGUUGCAGUGAAUAGUGUACUGCACUGUUAUGAGCAAUAAGCCAGCUUCUGAAUGCUCUGCAUGGUGAUAAUUCAACAACCAUUUAGCAACAGGGAUCGGCAUUUUUGCAUUUAUAAUGCAAAUGGAAAAUGAAAUAAAGUGUAAGCAAACUUGACUUUGGGAUUCCGUAAGCAAAUUGGUGUAAUAUAAUAUACUGAUUGUAAAGCUCAUACUGAAAGGUAUUGUGGUGUACAUACAAUGGUGCAAGGAAAACGGGUCUUAAUCAAACACCAUUAAGACUAACCUUUAAUGCAUAUUUAGGGGAGUAUUUAAUUUUUCUGUAAAAUAGAAAUCAUGUGAGUUGCUUGUGCAAGUUGUUUACUUUUCCUUUGUUGAUGUAAACACAAUUGUGCCAAGAAAAACAACCAGUGCCUCAGAAGAAAAAAUUGUGCUUGUACAUAUUUAUCUCAGAGGGAUGGUUUUUCAUAUGAUAGAUGUGUUCAAAGACCAGAGAUACUCACAAUUGCUCACCCACACUGAGUCACAUUCUAAGCACACGUGAAGUCGACAAUAUGAUGUCAUAUGAUACAUGUCCGUGCUAUGUCAUUUGACAUUUGUCCGUGUCCAAAUUGAAGGUUGUAUAAAGUGUAGUGCUGUUUUGUGCGUAUAAUUGCAUAUUUAGUGUCAGUGUAUUGCCUUUUUGUUUAAUCUAAGAAACAAAAGUUGAUGCUUACAGAUUAUCGCUUAUUUACAGAGAAAUGCAAUUGUAUUGUCUGACGUGUUAUCAAUGGCAUGUAAAUAAUUAGGUCACAUGCUGUCUUCCUCUAUGCAUGUUUGUGUGCUGCAUGUGUUCAUGAUGAAAUUAUGAAAAAGAUGUGUUCAAGCAUGUUGAAACUAGGCUUCGUGGCACAUUGGCAUUGUGUCAAGGAUGCUCAUGUCUCCAGUAGUGUUUCUAUGUGUAGUAAGUGUGUGCUUGUAAAAGUUAAAUUGCAUUGCUCACUCAUAUUUAGCAUAAUCAGUACUUUUAGUUGGGAUAUAAAUCUGAAGUCCAGCACACUGCAGGUGCUGUCCACCAUUAUUUUUGUCGGUUUACUGGGGAGUCCAAGUAUUAUCAUCUUGUUUAUGUUAACGUUAACUUUAAAAAAAAAUAGUUUUGUCUAUGUAAUCGGGGAUUAAUAUUUUAAAAAGGUAGCACUGAUACUUGGAGCCAAACUGCACAUGUUCUUUCCAAAAAUUGAACUUGACUGUGGUGCCGGUGUUCUUCGGAAGUGAUGAGUCACUGUCGAUGCAAAGCUCACCUGUAAAAAGUGAGGAUAUAAGCGAAAGUUACUGAACACAGUUACCAUGCAGGCAAUAAAUUCUCAUUUCAACACUAUCAUGGGUGAGUUUAUCAGGAUCGAUGCACUGCAUAGGCCUACCUCAGCCCAUUAGAAGGGCAAGGCAUGGUGUGUGUACAUGCAUGCAUCCACACACGCAUACAUGCACGCUCACUAGUGUGCUAUAUGCUAUAUGUGCUAUAGGUGACAAAAGUUAGUGGUGCAUGGGAUCUCUGAACAGACUAUUAUUGUGAGGCCUGGGAUUCCGAGUUUUCAUUGCAAUUAUCAUUACUUAUUACUGUAAUGAACAUUUCACUUCUGAAGUAGUAGAAUUAGCUCGUGUGAAUUUUAGAUUAUAUCAGUUCACACUAGAGGUUUGAUGAUGGAUGCACUUCAAACCUAACCUGUUUGUCAAUAUUUCGUCACUGACACCUACAUCAAAAUGUGAGGCACCUGAACAAAGUUUGCAUUGGUUGCCUUAAACCAAAUUUUUCCUGCAGGAGCCACAAUGUGGGGUUGAAUAAUUAUUUACAUUAGCCUUACAGUAUUAGGACGCACCCUACGUUUUGAUUGUGAAGCAUUUUGUUGUGUUUUAACUAAUUGCUAAAGUUGCAGCAAAUUUGUAUGAAAAUGAAACAUUGCUGAGUGAAAAAUGACUUUAAGUAAAUCACAUUCUCAGUAGGUGAUUGUUACAAUUAAAGGAUCAUCGUCAUUAUCAUUAGCCUAUUUAUUUCAACUGCAGGAUGGAGGCCUCUCCCAGUGAUCUCCAAUUAGCCUUGUCUUGCGCCAGCUGACCCCGUCUUAUGCCUGCAAAAUUUCCUCAUUUCAACAGAGCAUGCAUUAUCUGUCGUCCUUGUCUGCACUUCCCUUCUUUUGGCACCUAUUCUGCUACUCUAUUAGACCACCAGUUGUUUGCCCUACACAUUACAUGACCUGCCCAGCUCAAUUUUUUACUCAAUGUCAGCUAGAAUAUCACCCACCUCCAUUUGCACUCUAAUCCGCAGCACACAGGAGCAUAGCUGUAGCUUAAAGGGGCCCUGAACCACUCUUUAUCGAAGUGAAGAAAGCCAUUUGAAGUGAAAAUAGGCUAUUUCAGAAAUACUUUGCCGCAAAAAGUACUUCAAUGCAUUCAGCAGAAUCGGAGUUAUUGGCAAUCAAACACGGCCUCCACUGUGCUCCCACUCCUUCUUCAAUGC